AGUCAGUUGAUAUUGUCGCCUUUUCAAUUCCGGGGUUUUUAUCUCAUCCGACUCUUUCCGGCGGCGACCUUUGCCCUUUGCCCCGCGGCGAUGCACCUCUGAUGCCUCCUGAUUGCGCCCAGUCAGCCGGUAGCUGGAAAUUCGCGUAGUUUCGCCUGGAUACGCGACGCGGGUGAAGUUUCGCGGAUUUUCGCGCUUUCUCGGCGGUGGCGGUGUUUCCGAACCCUUCUCACGUCGCGUGACGUCGUUAGCGUGGCCCCCGACCCCUGCUCUCCCCCCUUCCUCCCCCCGCCAAGUGAUUCUAGCCCCGCGCGCGGAAUACCCCGGAAAAUUGGGGUUUGACAUGUUUUGUGUAUUCCUGUAGGAGGCUCAUCCUGGACCGGGAUCAUGAACAAGCUGCUCAGCAUUCUCCUUCAGAAGAGUGACCCGGGUUUCCCGUGGGGUUUCGAAGUCGUCGGAGGGAAGGACAAGAGCGUCCCGUUGACCAUACAUGUGGUGAAAUCAGGGACCUUGGCUUCACAAUAUCUUCAACCCGGAGAUAGAGUUUUGCAAAUAAACGAAAGGGACAGUGCUCUCUUGGCGGAACAUGAGGCUACCCAACUCAUACUUCAACCAUCAAAAUGUUUAGAGCUUCUUAUAUUAAAAUCCUCUACACCCCCUAGUGGAGAGGGCAGCAGGAACAGUCAACUUCACAAAAUCAGUAAACCCCCAAAAUAUCAAAGCCCUCGAUCCAGUCACGUUUUUGAAGACAUUAGUGAGGAGGUCUGUACAUCCGAAAAAGCAUUCCGUAGCGAAAACCAACACGUUCAAUCGAAUUACGUCCAACAAGAGAAUUAUGAGCAACAAAGUGGGAGGCAAACUCAGAGGGAGUCUUUCUCCCGAGACGGACAGUGUAACAACGUCAACACUCAUCAAAAUUUAGAAUCAAAGACGAGUUCACAUAUUAUAGAAAAUGAGAGGACCAGCCAUGCGGCGGAAAGUAACAGUAGCUACUACACCUCUGAAAGUCAACUGUCCAAAACCCAAAAUUCUCAAGUGAUUCCAAAUAUUCCACCGAGGAGGUACACGUCCGAGAGGAAAGCAAACGAUGAGAGAGGAAGUAAUGGCGCCACCCAAACUUAUUCAACCGUGGAGAAAUCAGAGCAGCAAGCUCACCACCACCAAACUUACUUAGCAAGUUCGGACAUAAACUCAGAAAACCGAGUAUCACGAAACAACACCGACUCACAACGCGCACAGGAAUCCACAGCCCCUUGGCGCAACUCAAACAGACGUCCGGACCAAGUUCCCGCCCAAGAAAACCAUCAGACCAACAACCGCUCAAAACCAGAAAAUACCAUCGCUGAAAAUGCCAACGGCACGCAGUAUCAAAAUUCCAAGUCCCAGAAUUUCCAAGCCGCGGAGCUUGAAAGUGGUAGAACUGUAGCGAGCUCGAGUUUCCGCAAGUCGACGGCGAGCUACGAAAAAUGUUCGAAGGUCCAGAGCGCAGAGACAAGGGUAGCCAAGAGCCAAGUUAUCGCUCCAGCGGCGCAGGCCUCCAGGACGGAGCAAUCGGAGACUUCGAUUUCGAGGACGGAGCAAUCGGGGGCUCCGAACUCGAGGACGGAGCAAUCGAAGACUCCGCUUUCGAGGACGGACCAAUCGGGGACUCCGAUUUCGAGGACGGACCAAUCGGGGGUUCCGAUCUCGAGGACGGAGCAAUCGGGGACCCCCAUCUCGGUAGCGGACCUGCGGAGCUUCCUGCCGCGCUCGACGUACCCGAAGCUGAAGCAGCCGAAAGACUUCCAGCCGAAGCUGAGCAACUACUACGAGAACUUCAAGCUCCGCUCGGGCGAGCGGAUCCAGCGGAGCAUCUCGGAGCCCUCGGGGUCGCAAGCCCCGAGCCUGUCGUCGACCCCCGACGCCGGGGCCAUGCACCCGGAGCCCGUUCCGCCCCGACACGAGUCCCGCACCCGACUCACCGACCCCUACUCCCAGUUCUUCAACGACAAACGCCGCACCUUCCACGAGGGCGAGACCUUCGCUCCGUUGAGCAAGUCCUUCUUCCGCUCGUCCAACCCCCAGCUGAACGAGGAGAGCAAAAGCAACGACCGGAGCUGGCGAGCGUCGAGCUAUUGCGAAGGCACCGACGACGGGGGAAAGACACUCGACACUCGGAACUGCCAGACGCUGAAGCGGGACUCUAGAACCCAAGCUCAAACUAAAUCAGCGAAAUACGUUCGUUGUAACUCGAGCAUUCCUUUUUUCCAUGAGGACGCGGCGUCGGGCGAUACCAAAGAGUCUGGGAAAUCCACCAACAACACGUUCUACUCGACGACCACGACGAGUCACAAACCGAGAGUGUUCCCGUUCCCCGUUGAGUCGAGCGCAGGAAAUACCAAAGAGUAUAGUAGAGAAGUUGUGGAAACCUCGGAGGAAUACCAGGUGGGAGAGGCCUCAAGAGAAGACUGUUUCUCUCCCUACGAUAAUCUCUCCGAUGGCCACGGGGAGGGUUUUGGUGGAAUGAAGAAAUCCACCGACGUGGAGGAAGUGUUUCAGCCCGUCAGAGGUGGCAAGAUAUUCAACCGAGCCACGCAGAGGUGGGAGUUCUCUGCUACUCCGGUCACCGCUGACCCCAGUUCGUCCACCGAGCUGAAUCAAAGCGAAGAUCACAUCGAUAGUAAUGAUACAUCGGUAACAGGAUAUUCGUAUGGAGAUGGGAUCCCUCAGAGUAAAAGCGAGCAAGAAUAUAGAGCCGAAAAAUCCGUUAGCGGAUCCUCAAUGGAGUAUCGAGAUAUCACGAAAGAAAAUGUUUCCUCGAAGAACAUCAAAUCGAGCAUCACGAAGUUCUCUGAUGAAAAAAGAAGUGACGGAGCCGCUGUCAUUUUGAAUAACCGCAGAAUCAAUCUGAGUGAGAGCAAAACGGAUGAUAGUAAAUUGCAUUCAAAUUUGCAAAGUUAUUUAUUUGAGGAAAGUCAGAAAAACCAGCAUGCCGGCCAUCAAAGUACAAACUCUGCAGAGGAGACAAAUCUAGAAUCAACGAAUUUUGAUGUUUACAUCAAUCGUUUUGAUACUUCGGUUAAUUCGGAGGGUUAUUCAAAAUAUCAAUCACAAAUCGGUCCUCAGACUGGAACUCCGAAACAAUUUAAUCAAGAAAACUCAAAUGCUCGACGGGUUGACCCUCAAUACUCACCGAUUAAAAUAGAAAAUCAAUCUCAAUCAAUAUCGAGCGAUAGUCAGGAUGAUGUCUGCUUCAAUGAAAUCAAAUACAACUUGAGUAAAAUUUGCAACGACGGGGCGAGGUACACCACUGCUGCAGAGAAAAUGCAAACAAUGAAAAAUGUCAAUUUCGAGAAAUCGCAGCUGAAGAGCGAGGCAAAUAUUUCUCAACAAAAUUACAAAAAUUUAGAACAAGUAAGGACAGAGAAACAAUUUGUGUCCGAUGAGAGAGACUUUUACGCUCAAUCCCAAAGUAGAAAGUCAAAUUUCACAACGGAACAAUUAUAUAGUGAAAAUAGCUCGAUUGAGCAAAGCUCUAUCGCUGAAAGAUCGGUGUAUAAAGAAAAUCAGUUCUAUGAGAACUUUAUGACUGCAGAUCAGCACGACAUAACAAGGCAUUUCCAGCAUGUUUUUUCCAACCCACCUCAAACGGUAGAAGAAUCUAAAAGAUCACGCAGCCCUGAAAAAACCAAACCAGUCGCUCCGAGUCAAACAAUUCGCCUUAGCCCCGAAAAGCCGAACCGAUUCAGUCCCGAAAGAUCAGCUCAAUUGAAGCCUGCGACCCGAACACUGACAAACAUUCAAGAUACGGCAUUCAAAAGUCCUGAAAAAGAACAAUCAUAUCAAACUGAGAAUGUAUUGCCCCCACCCGUAAUCCCAAACCUUCCCAAGGAGACCAAGUUCAAUAGCCUUGAAAAACCACCACCAUAUCAACCUGAAAAAGUGCCCCCUUUUCCAACCACGGAUCUCGAGGAUGCAAAGUUCAACAUCGUUGAAACGACGCCAUAUCAACCUGAAAGAGCGCUGCCUCCCAUUCCAGCGACAAGCCAUCGGCCUCCCAUCAAACCAACUGCCAACGAAAACAAAUCAAGAAUGGACCCGGCACCCUGGAGACGUCAAUCUCAGCAAAUAGCAGCUAACAAUACGCCAUCUUAUUCAAUACACACUGAUGCUGUUGAUGGCGCGCCACCUCCUCCCCCUCCACCUCUUACUGCUGGCACCAUUCCGGCUGUGCGUUUGAAAUCGGAGAUUCCUGAGAGGGGAAAGGAGCCUCCAGCAGCCAUUCAGAAUGCUAUGAUGACAAAGGACAAAAAGCCGUUCACCUACACACCAGGAGGACUAGACCUAUCAGAAAUCAGGAGCCCGCGGAUGGCACGACGAAUCACCAGGAACCAGAUGAACCCGGAAGUGGCUCACUUACCCCCAACCCCCCAAGAAACGCAACAAGCUAGCCCUAGACAACCCCUUCCACCGGCCGCCCUGGCAGCUAUGCAACCAGCGUUACCGGUCUCCGUCUUCCCUCAGCAGCAGAUACCCAUCACGAAGCAAUACGGAAAGGCUAAUUCCUCAUCUGCCGCGCCACCCCCAGCACCCCCCGCUCCACCCCCGAUGAGCCAAGAGCCCAAGUUCAGGGCUCCCGUCAGCAACGGGGUCACCAACGGGCAAAGAUUUUCAACGCCAUCUAGUGAGAUGAACACGAACCAAUCGCGGGUGAAUCAGGCGCCGGGGUCUUUGUACAUACCACCGCUCACGAAACAAGAUUCCGGUGCACCCCAGUCACCGCCCUGGAUGCAGCGACAGAAUUCCACCCCCAAGGAGGUUCCUGUGUGGGUUCACCGGGAAACGGCUCCGUCGCCUACUUUCAAUCAACAACCUAGGAUAGUUCCAACUCAAGUAGAUAGUAAGGAGACUUCUUCGAGUCAAGGAAAUACUAGAAUUAUUCCUAUAAAAAUAGAGGUAUCACAGCCACAGUAUAACAAUCAAAUUUCAUCACCAUUGUCGCCGCAAACACAGAAUCCGAGUCAGCAAUACCAACAACAAAGUCAUCAGUAUCAGCAGCAAAGUCCUCAGUAUCAGCAGCAAAGUCCUCAGUACCAGCAAUCGAAUCAUCAGUAUCAACAGCCAAGUCAGCAGUAUCAUCAACCCAGUCAACAAUAUCAGCAACCGAGUCAACAGUAUCAACAACAAAAUCAGGUGUACCAGCAAGUACAGCAGCCUCAGCAACAACAACAGCAGCAGCAGCAGCAGCAAAGAUGGCCUGUUUAUGUUCCGAAUAAAUUCAAUCAACCCCAGUCCCCAACAAACGAAAAUGGAGGACCUAUCCAGUCUCGUUCGUUCAAAGUUCUGCAGAAAAUCACUGAUACUGACAAUAACGAAGGCAUUCGGCAGGAUUAUCCCGAUGCAUCCACGUACAAUACUGCGGGCGUGCCUCUGAGUCAGCUGAGAAAAAUGCAUCUGUCCGAUGACGACAAAGCCCUCAUGGAUAAAGUUAAAUCACAAGUGGACGAUGAUAUUUUCCUUCACUCGGAGCCGGAUCCACGGUAUCGUGGUGCAGCUAUCCCCUCUAAGGCCUUCCGUAUGUUGCAAAACAUGACCAGUGGUACAUCCUCCUACCAAUUUGGAGUACCAAAAUCUUCUGGAAAUGAAGACUAUUCUCAAAACUCGCCUGUGCGCAGUGGGACACCGCAGUACGAACAAGCGAAUGGCCACUCCCGGCAGUUUGUUCCCGCAUCACAACAAGAGCAUGUUCAAGAGCCUAGAAAAUACACCGGAGGAACCAUCCCAUCCCGUUCAUUCCGCAUGUUGCAAGCCAUGACCGUCCAUAAUCCAGAUCGACCCGGCGAGUCCGAGUACUGAAAAUCUUUCAAUCAUUUCCUCUUUUAAUUCGAGCAUGGUUCAAGACUUCAGUAAAGAUUCGAGAAAAUUAAACAUUAAAAAAUGAAGAGCAUUUUUCAUGUUAUGUGAUUAUUAUCCAUCACAUUUUGUACUUUAUUAUUUAUUUGUAAAAUUUAUUUUUCGUUUUUUUAGAAUGUAAAUUAAACGUAAUCACAUAUUUUCGUUAAAUUUGAUGUUUAUAAUAAAUAAAUAAAUUCAACAAACAAUC